GCCUGAUCCCUCGAUCCUUCAUCUGCCCUCCAGCCUGCUCUCACCUGCUCCUCACCACAUCUGCCUCGCCUUCUCACACACACCUACGCAGCAGAGUGGCCCGCCUGACCGACUCGUCACCCCGCGCCUCAGCUGCUCUCGCUCGGCUCUCGCAGCGCUCCACCCCGCUGUGCGGCCGCCAGCGUUCCGCACGCGCUCUUCUGCUGCGGUCCUGUGCCUUGAGCAAGUCCGCUUGGCAGCACCAUGGCGCCGCGGACACGCAACCAGCAGGCCGGCGGCUCACUGCUCGCCGGCAGCCCGCAGCAGCCGCAGCAGAGCAUGACGCCCGGCUCGGUGCAGCAGAGCGCCGCUCAGUCGCAGCAACAGCAGCAGCAGCAGCAGCAGCAACAGUUCCAGCAGCAGCUGCGGCAACAGCAGCAGCUGCGGCAACAGCAGCAGCAGCAACAGCAGCAACAGCACGAUCCUCGCCUCUCGCCGCAGCACAGCCAGCUGCAGCAGGCGCACCCGGACGAGCUCAUGGCGGCGCACGACGCGGCCUCGCAAGAAGGCCAGCUGGCCGCGUUCGCGCACCUCCAGUCGACGCCGCAGCACAACAUGCCCAUGAUGAACUCGCACUCGCAGCCCAUCCCGUCGCCGCACGACUACUCGCCCUACGCGCACCACCACCACCACGCACACGCCAUGAGCUCGAGCCAGUCGCAGCAGCAGGUGCGCUCCGGCGAGUGGGACGCGCAGCCGCCGCAGAUGCUCGACCUGCCCGUGGCGCCGUCGCAGUCGUCGCCGACGCCGAUGCAGCGCGCCAUGUCGUCGGCCGCGAUGCCGUACUCGUUCCGCACCGCGUCGCGCUCGCUGGGCCAGGCGGCCGAGGCCGCAUCGGUCAGCGACGGCUUCCUGCGUCUUUCGGGCCUGCCCCGCCGGCCAUUCGCCCACUCGCACAGCCACUCGUCGUCGACGGCCUCAGCAUCCGGCACAUGCACGCCGUCGCUGUCGCGCUCGCUGUCGCCGUCGUCGAGCAUCACGUCGAGCUUCACCAUCGCCACGGCGCCCUCGAUCCCCGCGGCGUCGCUGGCAGGCAAGUCAAAAACGCGCCUCAGCAACAUCGACCGCAAGCGCAUCUGCGAGUUCGCCAACGAGCACCCCGAGCUGCGCCAGGAGACCGUCGGCACGCACUUUGGCGUCGAGCGCUCGACGGUCAGCAAGAUUCUCAAGGAGAAGGAGAAGUGGCUCAACAUCGACGAGGAGCGCGAGGGCCACAUUGUCAAGCACCGCAACGCCCGCUUCCCCAAGAUCGAGAUUGUCCUCACCGGCUGGAUUCAAGCCAAUGGCGGCCCGCUCUCCGACCGCACGCUCAUGGAGAAGGCUGCCGCCAUCGCUCGUGAGCAGGGCGAGACGACGUUCCGCGCCAGCGCCGGUUGGGUCGUCAAGUUCCGCGAGCGGCUACGACGCAACACGGGCAUCGGCAGUCCCAUCGCCCCGCGCGUGCCGUCGUCGAGUGCCGCACCGACGCCGUCGCCUAUCGGCACGUCGUCGCUCGGCCGCAUUCCCGCUCCGAGCCCGGCUGGCCCGCCUGCUGCGCCGCUCGGCGCAGUCCUCAACGAACACGACGCUCGCCGUGCGGCUCUCGAACAGGCCGACCAGCAAGGUCUCUCGGCGUCGGCCGCUGCCGCCGCAGCAGAAGCAGCAGCAGCCUCUGCCGCUCAAGCGCGCACCGCAGCCAAUGCCGACUCCAUCGCCGCCCAUGGCCAAAUUACACCACGAGCCGCCAAGCGCCGCGCCGAUCUGAUGCUGCAAGGUGCUCUGCCGAUGCCGUCAACCCACGAACAGCUCUCAAAACGCCUGCGCAGCCGCACUAGCACCGGCCCAGGCGGACGCACCUCGACGCCGCCGUAUACCUCCUCUGGCUCUUCGGGCAGUGGCAUGCGCAACGACGACCGCUCGAGCAUGCAGCACAUGCAGAGCCACGACGAUACCCACAUGCAGAGCAUGGCGUCGAUGCUCGGCCCGGCCUUCGAGCAGCAAGCGCCGCACGGGACGUAUGGCCAUGCAGAGAUGCAAGCCAUCUCGCCGGAACAGCACGGCCAGCCACUCAAGGACGUCGCCGCCAACAGCCUAGGCCUCGCCGCUGCCGGCUACACGGCCGCAUCGCCCAACCCCUUCGCGCCGCCUCGCGAGCUGGGCAACGGCGCGAGACUGAGCCACUCGCUCAGCGGCACCAACGGCGAUAGCACGUUCGACACCUCGACGAGCGCAUGCACGCACGAUGACUCUGGCGUCGCGGGGCUCGUGAGCGUCUCGAGCACCUCGUCUCCCGGCGGCGGCAACGAGCGAAUGGACGAUGGUGAAGCCUCACCGUGCCACUCGAGCGCAGGCUCGCGCAGCUCCGAGCAGCCUGUCACGGUGCAUGAAGCGCAGCGGUCCGUCGACACCAUCAUCCGCUUCCUGCGCGAGCAUCCCAACAUGGCGCGCCGCGACGAGGAGUUCCUGCUCUGGGGCCAGCUCAAGGGCUACCUCAACGCGACGCUCGAGAUCGAGAAUCAGAAUGGCGCCGCAGCUGGGCGCGAGGACCAGCAGAACGCUACGCCGAGGAUCGGCAACUAAUUUCGGCCGUGCGCUCUCCCAAAAGGCCUCGUCGUCAGCUCGACGCAGCCAAUUCGCCUGAAGCUGCUAUUGCAAGCCAGCGUCACUCCGCUCAUCCUCGCCAACGUCCGACUCUCGCCCGCUGAAUAACCUCGGCCAAGUCGCUCCAGCAACCCCUCGUCUCUCUACACCCUCGAGCUCCUCCGCUUGGCCUUCUCUUCUUCUCUCUGCAUCACGCACCUUGCUUCCGCUGCACAUUUCUUCGUUUGAACUAACGCAGGCGCUCUACGCCCUCCCACACACACCCGCAUCGGCACGCUCUUCUCCCCUUGCUCUCUACACAUCUACACCCACAGCAUCUUCUCAGCGCUCCCUCGCUCCCUCACGACCACACAUCCCAACAUCAAACAACCAGCACAUGUCCAUCCCACACACACACACAUCUCAAACACACAACAAGACAAGAUCGAAAGUCAAAAGCAAAUGACAGACCGUCCCUCGC